AUGGCAGUUUUAUCAAAACUCCAGCUAUUGGGUGCCUCAAUUCCAGCAAAACAAUAUGCUCCGGGAAUGUUGGGAAUGCUUUCGGUUUUUGCGCUGAUCAAAUUGUAUAAACAUGAAUUCAGGUAUUUUUUCCAGCUCGAAACAGUUUUCGAGAAAAAUUAGAAAAAAAUAAUGUUUUGAUCGUCAGGUUCGGUGUGUGGUCGUGGCCGCAAACACGUUUGCAUAUCGUACUAUUUUUUGCGAGAAAAAUUUUUUCGAUUUUUCAGUUUUUAAAAACUUUCGGGGUUUUUAGCUUUUAAACUCAGGAAGAUUGAUAAAUUCCAAUUCAUGUUAUUUUUCAGAACUUCCAAAAAUGCUCCAAAGCGCUCGAAAAAACCCGGAGAGAAAUCCCACAAAGCACACGUCGAUUUGGUUUUCUUCAGAAAAUUACAAAGAAUUUUGAAAAUUCUGAUCCCCGGUUUCUUUUCAAAAGAAACAUUUUAUCUGGUUUUAAUCGCUGUUUCAUUGCUCUGCCGAACUUAUGCAGAUGUUUAUAUGAUUAUCACUUCGACAAAAAUCGAGGCCUCAAUUAUUGAUCGAAAUCCACUGCUUUUUGCGUUGGAAGCAUUCAAAUAUGUUUUGAAUUUGCCAGCAAUUUCAGUCACAAAUGCAUUGUUGAAAUUUGGAAUUGCUGAAUUGAAACUUCGAUUCAGAGAAAGAUUAUCUGCACAUUUAUAUUCACAAUAUUUGAAGUGAGUUUUCCAAGAACCAAUUUUAUUUAUCGAAAUUUAUCCAAUAUUUCAGAGGUUUCACUUUCUACAAAAUGUCAAAUCUCGACAAUCGAAUUCAAAAUGCUGACCAACUUCUAACCACGGAUGUCGAUAAAUUCUGUGAUGGAAUUGUUGAAUUGUAUUCGAAUUUGUCGAAACCGAUUCUUGAUGUAUUUUUAUAUUUGGUUCGACUUGGAACAUCUCUCGGAUUUUCUUCUCCGUCGAUUUUGUUUUCUUAUUUGAUUUUCACUGGAAUUGGAUUGACAUAUAUGAGAAGACCGGUGAGUAUUUUUAGGGUUGGCAUGAAUUCUAAAUUUAGUUUUCUAAAGCUUCCAAUUUUCAAAAAAAAAACAUUUAAAAAAUCUACGUGAACAUGAACUAUCAUAUUUUGAUUCUCAAAUUCUUCAGAUCGGAAGAUUGACUGUCGAAGAACAAGCAUUGGAAGGAGAAUAUCGAUAUGUGAAUUCUAGACUUAUUUCAAAUAGCGAAGAAAUCGCAUUUUAUCAAGGAAAUCAAAGUGAAAAAGAUACAAUUAUGCAAACAUUUGCGAGUCUUGUUCAACAUCUCAGAAAAGUUAUUUUAUUCAGGUAUCUAGUUCUUUGUCAAUCUCCAAAAUUAUUCCAAAUUUUCAGAUUCUCGGUUGGAUUUGUUGAUAACAUUGUUGCCAAAUAUUUAGCUACCGUAGUCGGUUGGUACGCAGUUGGAAGUUCGUUUUUCAACAAAAAUCAUAAACCAUUCAUUGGAAAAUCGAGAAAUGAAUUGAUGCAAGAAUAUUAUAAUUCUGGAAGAAUGAUGUAUAAAAUGGCUGAAGCUUUGGGAAGAUUGGCAUUGGCUGGAAGAGAUAUGACUAGAUUAAGUGGAUUUACAUCGAGAGUCGAUACAUUAUUGAGUGUUUUGAAUGAUGUAAAUGAGGGAAAUUAUAAACGAACAAUGGUUGGAGGAACAGAAAACGAAAGAGAUGGAGAAAGUUUGGUAUCGAAUCCAAAAAAAGCUGGAAGUGGUGUUUUGAAUAUUCGAGAUAAUGUAAUUCGAUUUGAAGAUGUUCCAUUAGUGACACCAAAUGGUGAUACUCUUAUUGAAUCACUUUCAUUCGAAGUUCCAUCGGGCAGAAAUGUUUUGGUUUGUGGGCCAAAUGGUUGUGGAAAAAGUUCACUUUUCCGAACACUUGGUGAACUUUGGCCAUUAUUUGGAGGAACUUUGACAAAACCUGACAAGGGAAAACUAUUUUAUGUUCCACAACGGCCUUAUAUGACAAUGGGAACACUUCGAGAUCAAAUAAUCUAUCCGGAUCGACAUUUUGAUAUGAUUAGAAAAGGAAUAUCGGAUAGUGAUUUGGAGCAAAUGAUUGAAAAUGUGAGUUUUCAACCUAAUUUUUGAUUCAUAAAUCAUUUCCCCCAAAAAAGUUGAAAAUGUUUAUCUAAAAAAUGCUUUUUUCCUUUUUUUGGCGAAUUGAUAAUAAAUGAAAGGCUUAACGAGAAUUUUUUUCUAAAAAAAAAUUUAACAAAUGAACUUUUGAAUUUGAUAGUUGAAAAAAAUAUUUCCUGGUGUCACUAUCGAGAAAUUUACGAUUGUAAAUAAAUGACAAUCGAACAGGAGCUUGAAAAGAACUUUGAACCUUUUUUUUACUUAGAUAGACAAGACAAAUGAAAAUUUAGGUUCAACUAACUCAUAUUUUGGAGCGUGAAGGUGGUUGGGGAGCAGUUCAAGAUUGGAUGGAUGUUUUAUCCGGUGGGGAGAAACAGAGAAUUGCGGUGAGUAGGGAAGUUGUAGUUUGAAAUUUUUUCUGAAUUUCAGAUGGCUCGACUUUUCUACCAUAAACCUCAAUUCGCAAUUCUUGAUGAAUGUACUUCUGCAGUUAGUGUUGAUGUUGAAGGUGAGAACAGUACAUAAAGUUUUUGAUCCGAUUUUUUGUUGAUAGCUCAAUUUCUAUUAAAAAUUCUUUAAUCUCUUCCGACUCACACAUCCUUAAAAUUGAAUCUUCAAGUCUGAACCUUUUUCAUCAGCAAAUAAUUUUAUUUUUCAGGUGCAAUGUAUCGUUUAUGCCGUGAAAUGAAUAUCACAUUAUUCACAGUUUCACAUCGUAAAUCAUUAUGGAAAUAUCAUGAAUAUUCACUUUAUAUGGAUGGACGUGGAUCUUAUCGAUUUGAACAAAUUGAUGAAAAUUCCGAUCAAUUCGGCUCGUAA